GGAAGAGGCGGGGAAGGUCAGAUUUAUACCCGGAGACAGGCCCCUCCUCGCCGGGCACCGCUCCUCCUCCUGCCCGCUGCUCCGGAGGUCAGAUCACCCUUACAGGAAAAUUAGCAUUUCACAAAUCAGUGGUUCUCAACUGGUCUCACUCUGGGACCCACAUUUUCCCACUUUUAUAAAAUUCAAACCAAGCUAAUUUAGUCAUGAAAAAAAACUGUAAUGACUCUAAUCUUUGAGAUAAAUACACCGUUUUUAUUGAGUAAAGUGCAUUUCAGAGCACAUGAACCGAGUAUACAGAAAAUAUCAAAUGUCAAAUUGCACACAAUGGUACGAUGGAGUAUUACAGCCACAUUAAGACAUUUUUUUUAAGACUUCAUAAUUACUCAUGAGAAUAAAGCCGUAAUAAAAUCCUGACUUACAAGAAUAAAGUCGUAAUAAAACAAUUACUAACGAGAAUAAAGGGGUAAUAAAAUCCUUACUUUUGAGAAUAAAGUCGCAAUAAAGUAACUACUAACGAGAAUAAAGUUGUAGUCAAAUAAUUACUUCUGAGAAUAAAGCCAUAAUAAAAUCAUUACUUACAAGAAUAAAGUCGUCGUAAUAAUAAUUAUAAGGGGGUCGUAAUAAAAUCAUUACUUUUGAGACUAAAAUCAUAAUAAAUCAUUAUUUACGAGAAUAAAGUCGUAGCUAAUAUUCUAACCUUUUGUUGGUUGUUUAAAUGAGCGCUGUGGAGCAUUUAGAUGAACUGAACUUCAGUAGCUUGGUUUUACAAACAAGGAGAUACUAAAUCCUUCGGCGUUUCAGCAUCACAUUGUCAGAAGUAUCAGGACGUAUGCAAGAAAUUCAUCUUUUCUGCAGAGAGAACCAUGGACUCAUAAAUAAUGAUUUUACUACGACUUUAAUCUCGAAGUCUUGAUUUUUUUGUUCUUAAUGUGGCCCUAACACUCCGUCGUAGAAUGGAGACCAGCAAAAUGAAAAAUUUUACCUUUUUGCAUUUCUGCAUUCAGAGCAUAUUCAGAAGAACCUGAGGAGGACCAUGGAACAGCAUGGACAAAGGUGAAUAAACAUCAAACUGCAUAAAAUAAAGACUAUUAAAAAAAUGUGUAAUUUUACUGCAUUCAGGCCACAUUAAUAAGAAACCGAGGAGGACCACGACAUAAUGCAUGCCUUUCAAACGAAGCUUUUAAAAGACAUGUCAAACAUCAGAUAUGUAUUAAAUUAAGUACUGUUUUAGGCUGACGAUGUUUUUUCAUGUUUAAAAUGUUCAAUAUUGUUCUGACACCUUCACUCGGGCUCAUUGCAGCAUGUUUUUUCCCCUUCAGCUGAUAAAGAGCACCUGUAUGCAAAGUGUGUUAUGUAACACGUAGGCCUCUGUUAGAUAGGUGCAUGAAAAGCGACAUAAAGAAAGGUGUCUGUAAAGUGUAUUUAAUCAUGUAAAUCAUCUGAUUACAGAAUGUUGACUUUGUUUUGGAAUUAUAGAAAAAAGGACAAACUUCAGCUUUUCUUCUCUGUAUCUGAGGGUGUUUUUCUGCUCAAUACAAAAAUGUGGUUAAACCUGUCACACAGUCACAUGACCUGCUCCAAUUGGACACUGCACUCUUAUUGGCUGCAAGCAUGAAUGACCCUGAACACACCUGAAAGAUGUAAAACAGGUGAGUUUCUGUCUGACUCAGAACUGACAGCAGACUGAGGUACGAUGUGAAGUUUGGAUUGAAGCAGAAGAAGAAGAAACAGACUCACAACAAAAAGUGAAGAAGCAGAAGGAUUCUGACCAGAACCGAGAAGGAGAGCGAUGGGUCAGUCUUACAGCGCAGCUCCUCAGGUACACACUUGACACACAGGUCUCCUCCAUGUCUCACCUGUCUCUCUCUCUCUUGUAGAUUUUAAAAUGACUUAAACUCAAAAACAGUCUUUAUACCUUUAUCUGCAUUUUGUCCACACCUUCACCUAGACUCUAUACACACCUGUACCUUUACUUAGUAUCUACUGUCAGCCUCAAUCUGCGUAACCCUCAAACUGAAAUUUCAAUACAACUUAACCUUGAUUUAUAGCUUUCUUCUGAAUACAAAAUAACCUAAUUUUUACUUUUAUACUGUCUUGUUUUUCCAGAAUUCUGUAUACACCUUCACCUUUAUUCUGUAUAUACCUUUCCUUUUAUUCUGUGUAUACCCUAUCUUUGUUCUGUGCACCUUUGCCUAUUUUGGUAAACUUGCAGUAAGUAUAUACCAUGACUCUUAUCCUUUAUAUAUUAGCUUUACCUGCAUGAGGGGCACACCCUCAGAUUCUCAAGUGUAUACCUUAUUUAACUUGUGCAUACACUAUAAACUGCUUUCUUCUUUUAUGCUUUUAUCUCAUAAUAUUCUUUAUCAUCUGUACCAGCACUCUGUAUACACAUUUUUAUAGAUUAUUUACAUACCGCUAUUCCUACAUUAUGUAUGUACCUUCACCUUUAACUUGUAUAUACCAUCAUCUGUCUACAGCAGGAUGUGUACACAGACUGUUUGUUGAUCCCUGAAGGAAAGUUUGACAAAAACACAUUUCGACAUCUUACAGUAAAUUCAAAACAAGACAAACAUGUGAUCAGCAGCAGACGUUGAAACUGUGUGUGCUCAUUUCUGUGUGUGUGUGUGUGUGUGUGUGUGGUACUUAGGUGAUCCUGAUGGGUCUGGACUCUGCUGGGAAGUCGACUCUGCUGGCUCGGCUGCUGACAGGGGAGGUGAGACUUCAGAACUGUAAUCACAGAAAAUAUCAGGUCCAGGGGCCUCAUUUAUCAACCGUGCGCAACGAGUGCAUACGAACAUUUCCACGCUAAGUCUGGAAUUUAUCAGCCUGUACUUGUGGGUAAACAUGCAUAAAUUUAAGCACAACUCUGACCAUGCUUACACACAAACCCUGGUGGUAGAACGGUGAAACUACAAAUAGAACCCAUGAAUGGAGUCACAGCGUUCAGCAAUCUCUGACAAUGGAUCUGUUAAACGUUAUUGCUCUGGAGGAACGCACAAAUCAUUCAUUCUGCAGAGCAGCUCUGUGAGUGUGCACCUCCAUGAUUUUGGCAAUGGGGGAAUAAAUCCAUUCAGGCAUUUUUUAAGGGAUUGUUGACACCAUAUAUGGUCAAUUGGGGGCGUUUCUGAAUGCAAACCAUGCAUGAGCACGGCAGCAAAGAACAGAUGGGAUUUAUCAUCACCGAUUACUUACGUGUGCGUACAACCGGUGUCCGCAUGUUUGAUAAAUACGAUUUUUUUGUACUUUCGCACAUUCGAAAUUUCAUUCCUACGAUGGAAUGUAGAACCUUUUUUACGCACGGUUGAUAAAUGAGGCCCCAGGUGUGUUCAGGUGUGCUCAGGUGUGAUCUCUGAACGUUCAGGUGAUGGAAACUUCUCCAACUAUCGGAUUCAACGUGGGGACUUUAGAUCUGGACAAGAAGACGUCUCUGACUGUGUGGGACGUUGGAGGACAGAAGUGCAUGAGGCCCAACUGGAGGUUAGUGCACACUGAUCUGAACAUGAACCAACAAACCAAAAAUCUGGUUCAGGUGGACUCUGACGCUCUGGUUCUCUUACUUUCAGGUACUACCUGGACGACUGUAAGGCUCUGGUGUUCGUGGUGGACAGCAGCGAUCGGGCUCGGAUGCCGGAGGCCCAGAAGGCGCUGAAAAAAGUUCUGAGUGAUGAGAAGUUACGAGGGAUCCCUCUGAUGGUUCUGGCAAACAAGAAGGACCUGGCGGGCUCCAUGACCAUCCGAGAGGUAGGACUCAAAGUGACCUUUCAGGAGAAUAAAGAGGUUAGAUCAGGGAGAGGACGUCUAACUCUGUCCCUCCUCCACAGAUUUCCAACCAGCUGGAUCUUCAGGCUCACAGCGACCGGCUGUGGGAGGUUCAGGCCUGCAGCGCUCUGAGGGGACUCGGUCUCCAGCAGGCCUUCUUCUCUGUCAACAAACUGAUAAAGAAGAGCUGAAGGGACGAGGGGGGAAGGGGCAUGAAGGACCGGGG